AUGGCACCAUUCAGCACCUUAUUUGGAGCAGCGCUCCUCCUCGCAUCCUCAGCGAGCGCACACUUCUCGCUUCUUAUCCCAAAGCCAUUGGGCACCGAUGACGCGAAACAAGGUUCCGGACCUUGCGGCGGCUACACGGCAGACUUCUCGAAAAAUACAGUAUCGGAUUUCCACGUCGGCGGCAGCAAUGUAGGCAUGCGCCUCGGCCACCCGCAAGCCAUCUGGCUUUUCCGCGGCACCUUGGACCAAACAGGCCAGAACAACUGGACCCAACUAUUCCCUCAUGUGACGCAGAGCGGGCUGGGAAACUUUUGCGAGCCUAGCAUCAGUGCGCCUGAAAGCUGGGUUGGCAAAAACGGCCUCGUUGGCGUUGUGGGCAAAGCCGAAGAUGGGCUGCUAUUCGCAUGCGCCGCCGUCAAGUUCGUCUCUGGCGCUGCCACCCUCGACAGCGGCAGCUGCAAAAAUGGAUCUGCUGAGGCCCAGCUGAACGGCCAGGAUUCGCAGCUCGCCCCGCUCGCCACUCUACCGUCGACAUCAGGAAACAACACAGGUUCUGGCACCGGCAGCGGCACCGGCGGUAGUUCCGGAUCUGGCGCAGGUAGCGGCGGUGACGCAGCUGCGCCGAAGAACGCGGCCGGCAUGUUAUCGCCCAGUCUUUUGGCAGUAGCUGCUGUGGCCGGAUUGGGAUUUGCAAACGCGCUGUAG